CUCUUUUUUUCUCUCUCUACUUCUCUCUUUUAUUAUUUUAUAAAAACAUCAAAUACUAUGCCUUAGAACUUUCUAGUUCUCUGUUCCUUCUUUUUUUGUGUGGUUAAUUUCUUCUUUUGUUUUUCUCUUGAUGGGUGCCAAUUUCUCUGCUUUGUUCAUAACCGACUGCUUAUCAUCUGUUUCUUAUUCUUCUUGUUCUUCUUCAUCGACUAGUUUGGGAGAUUUACCGGAGAGCUGCUUGGUAUCGAUUAUUGGGUAUUUGGAUCCGUCGGAGAUUUGUAAAUUGGCGAAGUUGAACAGAGCAUUUAGAUGUGCUUCUUUGGCUGAUUUUGUUUGGGAAUCGAAACUUCCACCAAAUUAUCAACUUCUUGUUGAUAAAAUUCUACCCUCUGUGCCUGAAAAUCUGGGUAAACGAGAUAUUUAUUCAAGGCUCUGUAGAACUAAUACUCUUGAUGGUGGCACCAAGAAAGUAUGGUUAGAUAAGAGCACAGGUGGUGUAUGUAUGGCAAUUUCUUCAAAGGGAUUACAUGUAACGGGGAUUGAUGAUCGAAGAUACUGGAAUCACAUUCCAACUGAUGAAUCUAGGUUCCAUUCGACCGCUUAUCUCCAGCAAAUUUGGUGGUUCGAAGUUGAUGGUGAGGUGGAAUUUCCCUUUCCACCAGGAAGCUAUAGUGUUUUCUUCAGACUGCAGCUAGGUCGUGCCUCUAAGAGGUUUGGUCGUAGAAUCAUCAACUCCGAGAACAUCCAUGGUUGGGAUAUAAAACCCGUAAGGUUUAAACUAUGGACUUCAGAUGGCCAGUACGCUACAUCUCAGUGCACUUUGAACGAACCCGGAAAAUGGUUUCACUACCAUAUGGGAGACUUCAAUGUCGAGAACUCAAAUUCAUGGACGAAGAUCAAGCUAUCUAUGACUCAAAUAGAUUGCACGCAUACAAAGGGUGGUCUAUGUUUAGACUCUGCUGUCAUAUAUCCAAGUAAAUUUAGGGAAAGGUUAAAGCACAAAGGGUUUUUGAAGUGCUAGUAAACCAAUUUAGUUUAGCUUAUAUUUUGCAGUGCAUAAUAUGUGUGUGUGUGUAAUGAAGGUGAGUAUGGUUAAGUAUUCUAGCUGGUUUUUUUGAGGGUUAGAGACUUAAAAAAGAGAAAAUUGUGUAUAAAUUUUGCUUCCAUUUGUUUAAUAAAUUUGCACUUUUAUUUCCUCUUUC